CAGUCGUCAACAUGAUGUGGCACAUCGUAAAACGGCCACUAUAAUUUUAAGUUUUUUCGUAAUUCUGCCGAUUUUCUCGGCACGAAAUAAUUAUGUAAUAUAAUCGCAUGGUAAAUAAUCGUCUGCCGUACCGUAAACACGCUAAUAGUACAAAUACCGCGAGAAACCCGUUGCCGAAACUCGAGUUUUUAACAACGACCAAACACGUAUCGUUUAAUCGGAUUUACUUAAAGGCUGUGUUACACAUCGUAAAAUAUAAACGAAAUGGAAUCUGUAGUACCAGAAUUCGAAGAAUUAAUGUUAUGCGGAUACUGUAAGCAAAAAUUCAACGAAACAGACCAAAGUCCCAAACUGCUGUCAUGUAAACAUUAUUUUUGCCUGCAAUGUAUGCGUACAAAUCUCACAAAGGGCCAAGAACUCUACUGCGUAUAUUGCUGGAAGAAAACAGAAAUUGGUGAACUAGGACCAGAAUCCCUCCCGACGUAUAAUCCAGUUUUAUGUUUAACCAAGAACUUCGCUCAGAUGAAGCUGGGCGUGAAACCUCCCGACAAACCCGUCAAAGUUAUUUCGGAAAACUGUCACACACACGCCAUGCCGUUGGCGUUGUGGUGCCAUACUUGCGGCAUACCGGUAUGUCGAGCGUGCGCUACAACAACCGACCACUCGUCUCACCAGGUCAAAUCCCAGAACGAAGCCAAGGAUCAAUUGGUCGCCGAGUUACAAAUUGAUCUGGCUUCGAUGAAUAAAAUGUUAUCCGAGAUACAAAGACUGGUUAUGCAACAACGCGAAUUUUUACUUAAAAUAUUGGAGGCUUGUGUUACGUUAAAAACCUAUGUUGAAGCCGAACUGACCAAUAAUGCUUCGCAUUUUGAAUUAACUGAUACGAGAGACGCCCUGACAAAGCUUCGCCUUAACCUGUCAAUGGCCGAAUCUUUGUCGGACGUCCACAAUCUAUAUUCCAGCGUUAAUAUGGAAAAGCAACGUUUGCAACUCCGUUACCAGGAAAUGUACCUGCAAUGUCAACUCGAUGAUCUUAUAAGAAAUUCAAGCGUAGUAUUCGAUUUUCAUUUGUUAAAACAAGCACUGAGUAAUAUACAUAACGGCGAAACUGUUUAUCCGGCAGGAAAUUCACGGAUCGUACCUUCAUCGCAACAAAACCCCAUCCUGUUUCUCGCCAAUUACUGCAUGUCCCAAUUGUAUUCGCGCCAUAUGCUUUCGAAACAAAACCUGAACGGAUCUCUGGAUUAUCAGAACCACAACUCGAUUCCUCCCAUCAACUAUCUUCCCCACAACGCUCCGCCCCAUCUUGUCAUAGCCACUCCCAAGAAUAUCUACCAAGAAAAUAACAUAAUGGUCCAGAACAUGAUCCCGUCUCCCCAAAUACGUAACCCGGCCAACAUGUGCCCGCUUUAUUACUUCAACGUAGAAGUUAACGGAACCCAAUUAGGGCGAAUCGUAAUAGAAGUUAGAGCUGACGUCGCACCAAAAAUGGCCAAGAAUUUCGGAUUACUGACCACGGGCGAGGCGGGCAUGGGUUACAAGGGCUGUCAAAUUUUCCAGUGCUGGGAGGGCGAGAGCGUUAUCACUGGAGACUUUGAGCUCAACAACGGCAGAGGAGGAAGAUCGAUAUUCGAAGAAUCUUACUUCUUGCCGGACGAUACGAAGCUGAUGGCCGUCAGAGGAACCGUCGGUAUGAGACGCACGCAAAAACGGCACGACAACUUGGGCAUGGUGGGAUCGCAAUUUCGAAUAAUUUUACAGGAGAUGAGAGGUUUUACGGGCAUUUUCGGACACGUCGUCGAAGGUUUAGAGUUAGUAGAAAAAAUUAGCACCUACGGAGAUACUGCGGGUAAGCCCACGAAAAAUAUAUUGAUAUCUAAAUGCGGAAAACUGUAACAAUUCAUGCCGUUUUCAUUUUUUAACACGUUACGAAAUCAAAAAUUCGAAAAAGAUUCGGUACCGAAGAUGUUCGGUACGCGUUUUUUAUCAUUUGAAAUAAAUUUCACGAUCGGUUCCUAAUUUUCGCAAGUGUGACGACAUAUCUCUGGUUUCUUUAAACGAAUUAUAGGUCAGAUGUAGUUUAAUUGCUAAAACAUAGUUAAACAAAAAUGUAUAAAGAGAUAUUUAUGUAUAAAUCAAACAAUCUGAAGAAAAAAAAAGAAGUAAUUUUAAUAGAUGUUUUUUAAUGUGUAGCUUCAGUCAAACUGCAUAGUCUAUAAAAAGUUGAAAAGAAGUAAAAAUACCGUCUAGCUUAUAUAAAAACUAUCGAAUUCCGAAAUAUACUAUAUUUUCGUAAAUAUCGUAAAAAGCAAAAGUUAGAGUAGAUAUUUUUUAUUGUUGUCGAUUUUUAGCUUAUGGAAACUAGCUUGUAAGUGUAAUUUGUUAUGUUUGUUUGGAAGAGUGUUAAGAAAUGUUAAAGGUUAAUAGAGUUUAAAAAUCAAAAUUUUUGAAAUAUAACAAAUCAAGUGUCACAUUCUUUUUUCUUUAGAUAUAUUCGAAUUAUAUCGUUUUUUUCGGCUUACUUUGUACUUUUUUAUUAAGUAAAUGCUUUUUCUUAUUUAUAUUACUUUAUAAUUAAUUGUACCUUAUAGUGAUAUACUGUUCGUGCAUAAGCGUCAAUUGCACUAAAUUAUGGAAAAUGCAGGCAUUUUCUCUCGUUUUUUCAAUUUCUACCUUUGAAGCAAAAUAUUCUACAAAAGGUGAUAAUUGUACCGUUACAUUUUUCGAAAUAAAUCAUCAUUGCGAGCGUAAAUUGUAGACUAUUUUGCUUCAAUCCUAGACACCACCAACCAAAGUUUUAUCGUUUAUUAUUUAGAUAAUUCGCAUGUCGAAAAUCCUUCAAGGAUUGAUUUUUAAAUAUAGUUUUAAGUACGGUAGUGCGGUUGAUUGUUAAACUUUAUUAAAGUUUAUAAUAUUAUUGUCUAAGUUUAUAGUGUCAAUCGGGUAUAGUAUCUCUAUGAAUGAAUACAACAAAAAAAAAACAAAGAAAUUAUAUAGCAUUUAUAAAUGUUAUCUUAGCGAAAU